AUGAACGUUGGUAUAGCACAAGGUGAACGAAAUCCAAAUAGUUCAUGGUUAAAUAGUCGUGGUGUUUGGCUUACAUAUAUAAUUCUUCUCUUUGUCCUACACUUCAUUCUACUUAGUAUUCCUACAAUAACAACACCUGUAGCAUGGACUUUAACAACUACUAUUCAUAAUGUUUGUAGCUUUUAUUUAUUUCACUUGAUUAAAGGCGCUCCAUGGGAAACAAGUGAUCAAGGUUUAGCACGUCGUUUUACAUUUUGGGAACAAAUUGAUAAUGGUAUCCAAUGGACAGGUACAAGAAAAUUUCUUCAAAUUAUUCCUAUUGUUUUAUUCUUCAUUGCUAGUUUUUACACGAAAUAUGAUAAAACACAUUUUAUGAUUAACAUGGUAACAAUGCUUCUUGCCGUAAUACCAAAGUUUCCCAUUUUUUUUGGUGUUCGUUUAUUUAAUAUUAAUCGUUAUUAA